GCGUGAUGUUGGGCAACAGAAAAAAAGCAGCCCCGGCGCUGAAGAACGGAGCCGGGACGUCCCAGUCCAAGGCCAUCGAUCCUCUCAGGAACCUGGGAGUGGAGGAUGAUGAAGAUGUGAAGCAGAUGCUGCAGGGCUCCAGCAUGGUAAAGGUGCGAUCGCCUCGCUGGCAGAAGCGACGAACUCUAAAGCUGCUUGAAGACGGUGUCACUGUCUGGUGUCAGUCCCACAAAACCUCCAGCCGGGCCAAGGAGCAGCAGUCCUUUUCUGUCAUGGAGGUGGAGUGUGUUCGUGAGGGUUGCCAGUCGGAGACGUUGCGGCAGAUGGUCGGCUCGGUACCUGAGCAGCGGUGUUUGACGGUGGUCUUCAAAGGGCCCCGCAAGAGCCUGGAUCUCCUCUGCCAAAGCCAGGAGGAAGCUCAGCAUUGGACCCGAGGCAUCCGAACUCUGCAGGAGAGGGUGGAAAACAUGACCCAGAAGGAGAAACUAGACCACUGGAUCCAUGCUUAUCUGAGUCGGGCCGACCAGAAUCAUGAUGAUAAGAUGACCUAUGAUGAAGUCCAGACACUGCUGCAGAUGAUCAACAUUGACCUGAGUGACCAGUAUGCCCGCAGCCUCUUCCAGAAAUGUGACCAGUCAGCUGACGGCCGUCUGGACCACGGGGAGAUCGAAGUGUUCUGCAGGGAGCUGUUAAGAAGACCAGAGCUGGAUGCUGUGUUUAUCCGCUACUCUGCUAAUGGCUGUGUACUUUCCACUGUGGACCUUAGAGAUUUCUUGAAGGACCAGGGGGAGGACGCUUCUCUCACCCAUGCCCAAAGCCUCAUUCUCACCUAUGAGCUUAAUGAGUGGGCCCAGAAGAACCAGUUCAUGACCCCCAAUGGUUUCACCAUGUACAUGCUGUCUAAGGAGAACUGUGUGUUCAACCCAGACCAUGCCAGAGUUUACCAAAACAUGACAUGCCCACUGGCACACUACUUUAUCUCCUCCUCCCACAACACCUACCUCACUAAGGACCAGCUGACAGGGAGCAGCAGCACAGAGCCGUACAUCCGAGCCCUGAAUCAUGGCUGCCGCUGCGUGGAGCUGGACUGCUGGGAUGGAGAUAAAGGAGAGCCGGUCAUCUAUCAUGGACACACACUCACCUCCAAAGUGCCCUUUGUCGAAGUCAUUGAGACCAUCAACGACUAUGCUUUUAAAGCCUCCCCGUACCCUCUGAUUCUGUCCCUGGAGAACCACUGCUCCGUGGAGCAGCAGACAGUCAUGGCUCGCCACCUGCGAUCCAUCCUGGGAGACAAACUACUCACCAAACCCCUGGAUGGUUUGGAUCUUCAUAAGCUGCCUUCUCCAGAGGAUCUUAAGGGUAAAAUCCUGGUGAAGGGGAAGAAGGAGCACGUGGUGGAGGAGUGCUCGUCCAGCUCCUCAGACCUCAGCUCGUCUGAUGAGGAGGCCAGCCGCUCUGAAUGCAAACCCUGUAAAAAGAAAGAGGACAAGAAGCCAGGUGUGUCUAAGCUGAGUCCCGAGCUGUCGGAGCUGGUGGUCUACACCCGCAGUGUUCCCUUUAAAAGCUUUGAACAAGCAACCAAACACCCGGCGACUGACAUGUCCUCGUUCUCUGAGAGUGAAGCACUCAGGCACGUCAAGGACUCAGGGAUGUAUUUUGUCCGCCACAACAGUCACCAGCUCAGCAGGAUUUACCCCUCAGGCCAGCGCCUCCAGUCCUCCAACUACAACCCUCAGGAGAUGUGGAACGGAGGCUGUCAGAUAGUGGCUCUGAAUUUCCAGACACCUGGUGAGCAGAUGGACCUGAACCACGGCAGGUUCCUGCAGAAUGGUCAGUGUGGCUACAUGUUAAAGCCUCCCUUCAUGUGUCAGCCUGACACCACCUUCAACCCCGAGAAUGUUGGCGGAGGUCCAGGCCACAGACCUGUCCUGCUUACUGUUCGGGUCAUUUCAGCUCAGCAGCUACCAAAACCAGAAUGGGACAAACCCAGCUCGAUAGUGGACCCUCAGGUGUGGGUGGAGGUCCACGGUGUUCCCAUAGACAACAACAAGAAGAAAACUGAUUAUGUCAGCAACAAUGGCUUUAACCCCCGAUGGGACUGUACCUUUAACUUUACUGUCCAUGCCCCUGACCUGGCUUUGGUUCGCUUCAUGGUGGAGGACCAUGACUAUACCUCAAGCAACGAUUUCCUGGGACAGUUUACCCUUCCCUUCAUGAGUCUCCGCACAGGUUACCGUCAUGUCCGACUGCUCAAACUGGACGGCUCCAGCCUCUCGCCCUCCUCCCUCUUCGUCCAUCUGAAGAUCACUCCGUGUCAGAGCAGUCCCUCCAAAGCAUCAGCUAAGUCACCGGCCAAGUCUUCAGCCAAAAAACCCUAAUAUCAUCUCAGUCCUAUAGAAACAUGACUAAUAAAGGCUGUUGUGGGGAUAUCCCAAAAUAUCUGCCUGGAUCCAGGCAAAAAGAAAGCUGUAAUUCAUAAAAUUGAAUGCUUAGAACAUCCUUUGACAAAUGUUGCAGCUACAUCCUAAACCUUUUUUAUAUUUUGUGGAAAAAGAGGAUUGUGUUAUGGGUCUUUUAUCCCUAUUUAAUGGAAGUUCGAUUUUUAGAGCAAAGACUCGAUAACUUAAUGACCGUCCAUUGAAGUCUAGAAGUCAGAUUUAGCGAUCUGUGAGACCGUGACUGGCGCUCGAUUUCGUGUCUACAUUUUUUACAUAAACUUCGAGCUAAUGUCUCAAAAUUGCAAAGUCGCACAGCUUCUGAAGACAGGACUUCUUUUUAACUGCAAGCAUUGUAUUUUAGUUUAUUUAAUGGGAAUAGUCUAGAAAUACCUUUGUGUACUUGAUUAAAACAUUACUCAGAUAGGGUAGAAAGCCUACAUAGAAGUAGUACUAGUAUGUAAAGGGGCCAUCAUCUAGAAACAAUCCUCUGAUGUAGCAUGUACAUUGAGAGAACUGUUGGUUGCUGUAAUCGUUCUUGCUGCUGUGAAGUGAUCCCUGUGACUCUACUGUAAAGAGGAGGAACAGAGUGCACAGUCAGCAUUCUGUACAAAAACAUAUUUGAUGACAUGAGUCAGCUGCGGCUAAUACGUGGCUUUAGGAGUCAGGAGGAACUGGUGUAUAAUUCCAAGAAAGCAUUUGUGGGAUCAUCAGAUAAGCAUCUGAAACCUCCGUCUGCCGACUAACUUUUCGAAGACCAAAAUCAUGCCCACUUCACUCAGUACGUUUCCAUGCACAGUUUAUUGUGUUUAAACAGUUUAUGCCUCCUUUCAGCUAGUUGACCAGGUUUCCAAUGCAGCAUGUGUCUAAAAUAUGAUAGUAAUUAUCCUGAAAAGGGUUUAAAGAUAUUUUUACCCCCCACUGAGCAAUUUAAUGUUAAAAAAGACAUUCAUUAAAUGUCUAUUAUACAUGCUUGUCCGUAGACGUUUAGAUUUUGGUUAUUCAGGGUUGAAAAGUGAAAGUUUAAUAGAUGUAGAGACAGAGUAAACAGUGUGUCUAUGUGACAAAAAAUAUAUUUAUAAUGGAAAUGCAGGGUUAUGCAGCACUUUUGCUUUGUAUGUAUUUUUAAUAUAUAUUUAAUGAUUAUUUUAAAUUAUUGUCUAAAAUUGGGCCAUAUGUAGAAGAUAAAUUCCUGUCUGUAACAGGGCUGAAGCUUAGUGACGAUGUUUAAAUGACAUCUAUAGUUCAGUGGGCGUGGUCUGAGUGAAUGUUUGAUUCUGAUUGGCUGCAGGGUGUCAUUAAUUACUGAAAUUUGGUCUCACAGUCAGAAAAGACCAAGUUGCUCAGCAACUCAUUUGUAAAACAGUGUGUAAGAUCCAAAGUAAAAGCAUACAUCUGAAGAAAGUAGUGUGCACCAAAAAAAAAAGUUGGAUUUUUAAAACUUUGUCCAGUUUCCCCUGCAAGCAGUGUUCUCCUCAUGCAUUUCAAGUCCACCUACAAAUGCAUCCACAUUCAGCAAUAAAUGAUACUAUAAUACCUCAUGAAUGUUGCAGCAUAUAUAUAAGUCUGCUGCUGUAUUACUCACAAGUGUCACAGCAAUAUUUACUUUUACAGCAAUCAGACUGAUUGCUUGGUAUCUUGCCAAAAAGACCAUGACAUUCAGUGGCAUCCCCCAACCCAGGAUAUCAUUUAUUUAAGUUUUUUUAUGGCCAAACUUGGCCUGCAUUUUGAUUGGGACUACACUCGAAAAAAUAGAGGCACAAGACGAGAACACCUGUGUACCUACAGGUGCACUUUUAAAGAGUGUUUCCCCUAAAGUACAAUAAUAGUAUGUAAGAGGCCAGGAGUGUACCUAUUAACCAACAAACAGGGUACAAAGUCAUUUAAGACAAAAGAAAGAACAUAAUUGUAUCAUGGACUUUUGAUUUGGGGUUGAACUGUCCCUUUAAGCCUUCUUACAAUGGAGUCACAUUUGUAAUCUGUUUACAGCCAAUAUGAACAGGAGGAAUAAUUACAGCAACCAAUAAUUAUCAGCAUACAUACAGCAUAAAAUUAUACUAUUAUAAUAUCUGUGAUAAAAUAUUCUAAUGAGAAGAAUUUCAAGGCUCACUUUUCAGCCUUUUCUGGAUCCUAUGACCGAACUAUACUCAGUGCGUUUACAUGGACCUCAGGUUAGGAAACCAGGUUUUGCAGGUCGUCUUACACGGGACCUGUUGUGACCUGCUUACUGUAAAUCUGUGUACACAUGCAGCACGAAAAUAUGCUAACAAAAUGUAAAUCUGAUAAUGGGUUAAAAUGUGUCAGCUUGCCCAAAACUAUAUAGCAGUGAUAUUCAACUUAAAGCCUGAGGGCCAAAUCCGGUCCCUGAUGGGGUGUCAGGGGCCCCCCCCAACCAUUUUCUACUUGACAGUGAAAAUUAAGUGAUUCACACUGUGUACUUAUAGUUCACAGAAGGUGCCAGAGUACAAAAAUAGCAUCAAAAUAGAGCAUGUUUAUUAAAAUAAAGUGGUCCUAGCUAAGACUCUAAUGUCCUAAAAUCCUAGUAAUGUCCUAAAAUCCUAGUAAUGUCCUAAAAUCUGAGUAUCUUCCUCCAAUCCUAGAAACGUGAUAGAAUCUUAGAAAUGUGCAAAAAUCCAAGAAACAUGCCAACAUCCUAGAAAUGUGCUAAAAUUCUAACAGCAU